AUGGGAUCGGAGGCGGAGAUCACGGGCCCGCUCCUCGCGUCCGGCGACAGUGCGCAGGCGCCGGCGCCGGAGGCGGUGCCCCCGUGGCGGGAGCAGGUGACGGCGCGGGGGCUGGCGGUCAGCGCCGUCCUGGGGGUGCUCUUCUGCCUCAUCACGCACAAGCUCAACCUCACCGUCGGGAUCAUCCCCUCGCUCAACGUCGCCGCGGGGCUGCUCGGCUACUUCCUCGUCCGCACCUGGACGGCGGCGCUCGAGAGGUUCGGCGUCGUCUCCAAGCCCUUCACCAAGCAGGAGAACACCGUCAUCCAGACAUGCGUCGUCGCCUGCUACGGCCUCGCCUUCAGCGGGGGGUUUGGAAGUUAUAUGCUUGCAAUGGAUCAGCGAACCUAUGAGCUUAUCGGGCCAGAUUAUCCUGGUAACAGGGCCGUGGAUGUCAAGAAUCCUUCACUGGGCUGGAUGAUUGGGUUCAUGUUUGUAGUUAGCUUCCUUGGGCUAUUUAGUCUUGUUGCACUACGCAAGGUUAUGGUAAUUGAUUACAAGCUGACUUAUCCCAGUGGGACAGCCACGGCUAUGUUGAUAAAUAGUUUCCACACAACCACUGGAGCUGAGCUUGCAGAUCAGCAAGUCAGGUGUCUUGGGAAGUACUUGAGCAUUAGUUUUAUCUGGAACUGCUUUAAAUGGUUCUUCAGCGGUGUUGGAGAUUCUUGUGGUUUCGAUAAUUUCCCUUCUUUGGGACUUGCAGCAUUUAAGAAUACGUUUUAUUUUGAUUUCAGCCCAACCUAUAUUGGAUGCGGUCUUAUUUGUCCACAUAUUGUUAAUUGUUCUACACUUCUUGGUGCCAUCAUAUCGUGGGGUUUUCUUUGGCCAUAUAUAUCCACAAAAGCUGGGGAUUGGUAUCCAGCUAACCUUGGAAGCAAUGACUUCAAAGGACUCUAUGGAUACAAGGUUUUUAUAUCUGUAUCUGUGAUCCUUGGGGAUGGCCUUUAUAACCUCAUCAAGAUCAUUUAUGCUACUAUCAAGGAAAUAAUGAAUGCACGGGCAAAGAAAGGAAGACUGCCACUAGUACAAGUUCAGGAUGGCGAUGAAGGUUCAAAAUUAUCAGCUGAGGAAAAGCAUCUGAAUGAGACAUUCAUAAAGGACAGUAUUCCUCCCUGGUUGGCAGGAUCUGGUUAUAUUGGCCUUGCAGCAAUAUCGACUGCAACUGUCCCAAUGAUCUUCCCACAGAUCAAGUGGUACCUUGUCCUCUCAGCAUAUGUUGUUGCUCCCCUUCUCGCUUUCUGCAACUCGUAUGGCACUGGCCUGACAGACUGGAACCUUGCAUCCACAUAUGGAAAGAUUGGCCUCUUCAUUUUUGCCUCAUGGGUUGGCCAGAAUGGUGGUGUGAUUGCCGGCUUAGCAGCCUGCGGUGUUAUGAUGUCCAUCGUGUCCACUGCAGCCGAUCUCAUGCAGGACUUCAAGACUGGUUACCUUACACUCUCUUCCCCUAGGUCCAUGUUUGUGUCGCAGCUGAUCGGGACCGCCCUUGGUUGCGUCAUUGCUCCACUCACCUUUUGGCUUUACUGGUCGGCUUUCGACAUUGGUAACCCUGACGGCGCAUUCAAAGCUCCAUAUGCUGUAAUCUUCCGUGAGAUGUCAAUCCUUGGCGUGGAAGGGUUCUCUGCACUGCCUCAGCACUGCCUAGCGAUCUGCUCGUUUUUCUUCAUUGCAUCUCUGGUGAUCAACCUCCUUCGGGACGUCACUCCAAAGAAUGUCUCCAGAUUCAUCCCAAUCCCGAUGGCUAUGGCCAUUCCCUUCUACAUUGGUGCAUACUUUGCCAUCGACAUGUUUGUUGGGACAGUUAUCCUUUUCGUCUGGGAGAGGGUUAACCGCAAGGAGUGUGAUGACUUCUCAGGUGCGGUUGCCUCUGGCUUGAUCUGUGGUGAUGGGAUCUGGACUGUUCCUUCUGCGAUACUGUCAAUCCUUAGGAUUGACCCACCAAUUUGCAUGUACUUCAAACCAUCCGUUAGCAGCUAA